GCUAGAGUUGCAGAAUGUUGAAUAUGAAUGUAAUAGCUGUCAGAGAGUGGUUGAAAGUUCUGGUGUUCAGCUGAUUUGAGUUUUGGUUGAAAUUAUUUAUGGAGAGGUUCAUGGGCAAGUGACUGAGCAGGUACUGAUCCGUAUAACUGGUCAGAAAAACUCUGGCUUGGAUGAAAUUAUGCCUACAGUCUCCAAUGCAUUGAUCGAUCUUUUGAAAUCGAUGAGACAUGGAGAGAAUGCUGAACCUCGCAGACGGCGUUCCAGAGUAAAUGUCAUAGCAGGAAAGAGUUAGUGUAUGGAAGACCUUGUAGAUGACCCAGAUUCCUCUACCAGUGAGGACAAUGAUCCAGAUAUUCAUUUAUUAAAUACAGCUGAAGAUAAUGAAGAAAGAAUGGCUGGAGAGACUGCUGAAUCUCUGGGGAAUUCAGGGAUAACUCAACAAAGUGUAAAAACUAAUGACUUUGUGAUUGUUUGUGUGCUGACAACACACAAUACACGCAAAUACUUUGUGGGUGAAAUAAAAGAGAAAACUAGCUCAGAAUUUCUUGUUAGGUUUCUAAGGAAACAGCAAAAUAAGUUUGUGUGGUCAGAAGUGUUGGACGAAUGCUUAAUAAAAUUUGAGCAAAUUGCUUUUGUACUCAACAAACUAGAUAUUUUGAAGCGUGGUGUUCGUUUCUCAGAAAAAGAACUUGAAGGCUUUUCUAUAAUUUGAGUGGUUUAAGGAGGUUACUGUUACCUCAGAUCACACUAAAUUCAAAUGUAAUUCAAUAAGCUUAUAUAAUAUAAUGGUGUACA